GCCAAACCUCACUCAAGACCAUACAUGGCCUUUGUGGAGAUAAAAGGUUCUCCGUGUGGAGGGUUCCUGGUGCGAAAGGAUUUCGUCUUGACAGCUGCACAUUGUCUUCCUAAAGGCCAGUCUGGGCCUCAAAGAAAGGGAAACAAUACACGAGUCAUUCUCGGAGCCCAUGACCUCAGCAUGACGGAGAAGAAUAGGCAGGAAAUUGCUGUGCAAGACAUAAUUCCUCAUGAGAACUACAAUAGGAGAACCAAAGAAAACGACAUCAUGCUGCUCCAGCUGGCACGCAAAGCUAAAAUAACCAAGACCGUGGACCUGAUUCGUCUGCCCCAAGCUAAUAAUGUGCUGAAACCAGGACCCACAUGCAGCGUGGCUGGAUGGGGAAGGACUGGAGUGCACAUUAUCCGGCCAUCCAACAAACUCCAAGAGGUGGAUUUGAAAAUGGGUGAUGUGGAGCAAUGUAGGCGCUUGUAUAGCUCUUUCAACUCUACUUUGAUGAUCUGCAUGGGAGACAGCAGAGACAAGAAGUCAUCUUUCAAGGGUGAUUCCGGGGGGCCUCUGGUUUGCAAAGGUAUAGCCCAGGGUAUCGUGUCCUUUGGAAAACACAGUGGCAUUCCUCCUGCUGUCUAUACUCGGGUCUCGGCCUACAUCGAUUGGAUAGAGGAGAACAUGGGCCAGGAGUAGCUCUGGGGAGCUCUUUGUGCUUGUGCCAGAGGGAGGCUGACUGUAAGCUGCUGUGCUGCUCCCCUGCAGUCACUCCCCUGGGACGUUCCUCUCCGAGUCCCAACUCUGUCAUGAGCAUGUCAGGAUGUUCCUGGACACUUGCCAUCAUUACACAGGGAUACCCUGAGCUAGCCUGUAUUCCCUU